ACACCGCCCCUCACACCGCCCCUCACGCCGCUCCCCGCCUCUCACUCCGCCCUGACGGCGCUCCCCGCCCCUCUCCCCGCCUCUCACUCCGCUCCCCGCCUCUCACGCCGCUCCCGGCCUCCCUCACCUGCCCUCUCGCCGCUCACCGCCUCUCACACCGCUCCGCCUCUCACACCUCCUUUCGCAGCGCUUCCCUCUCCUCACUAUCGACUUCGUACCGUCCCUCACACCGCCCCCCUCUCUCACAGCCCCGCCCCGCCCCACCCCAACCGCUCCGAACCGCAGAAGCCGCUGCCGCUUGAGUCGGUGUGCGUUCCCUGCGCCGUUCCGUGGUCCUGCCCCGGCCUGCCCCGCUUGGUUCCCGGCGCUCCCGGUUCCGCCAUGGCGCUGAGGAAGAGUGUCCCACCGGGCCGGCGCCCUCCCGCAGUUAAAGCUGGAGGUAUGAGAGUGUCUAAAAAGCAAGAAAAUGGACCUGUUGAGAAAAAUGCUAAACUUCCAGGAAAAGAGAAGUCAAGUGCUAUUGUCAGUUUUGCAAAACCUCAGAAUAUGGGUGUCUUGGUAGCAGAAGCUCUGAACAAAAUGAGCCACAAUAUCCAUGCAGCAACAUUACAAGUGGCUCACCAAAAGCCACAACCUACCUUGGAGAAGUUCAUACUGCCUAAAAGAAUUUACAUUAUUCAACAGCCACGGAAAUGUUAAGAUAAUCAUUAAAAAACUUAUGUUUACUCAAAAGUGAGUUUCUAUUCUAUAUAGCACUUAGCACAUUGUGGUGAAGUGCUCAAAAACUGUGUGCCUUGUAUCUUGCUGUGUUUCUGUUACUGACAAUAAAAUAUAAGAAGAGUUACUAAAUGUACUCAGGAUUUAUUACAAUAUCAUGGCUUCUGUCUAACCUGG